UGGAAGGGAAGGUGGAAAAUCAACAGGCCUGGGCUUGUUGACACAGAACGACCUCCUUUGUUUGUGGAAUAUGGCUGCCGCACACCGCUGCCUCUUCCUGCUGCUCCUGUCCACUUGUGUGGCUCUGUUGCUGCAGCCACUGCUUGGUGCCUGUGGAGCCCCACUGGAGCCAGUAUACCCAGGGGACAAUGCCACUCCAGAGCAGAUGGCUCAGUACGUGGCUGAGCUCCGCAGAUACAUCAACAUGCUGACCAGGCCUAGGUAUGGGAAAAGAGACAAAGAGGACACCCUGGAAUUCUUGGAAUGGGGCUCCCCUCAUGCAGCUGCUCCCAGGGAGCUCAGCCCGAUGGACUUGUAAUGUCACCUCCUGCUUCCUAUGGCUCCAUGUGCAGUGCCAGCCCAGCUCUCCCCUCCACACCCUUGGCUCUGGCCAAAGCUUACUCUCUACUCCCACACAGGCUAAAUAAAGCAAGUCAAAGUCA